UGCGCCUCCCACAUCACCGUUAUGCCCGGAGGACAGUCCCUGGAGUCUCAGAGGAGAGAACUUGGCAAACCUUCCCAGGGUUGGAUGGACCUGUGGAGGUGGGCAAGUAGGGAGUUGCGAAGGCGGCAGGUUUCCAAGUCUGUCCCUGCACAGUUAGGCGCCUCCCAAUAGCUGCCAGAAUGAGGAUGCGAGCAGCCUGAGCCAGACCGAGCCUGAACAAAGGGAGCCAGAGGCCCAGAGGAUGCUGUGUUCCUCACGCCCCACCCAGCUGGCCAGGACGCUGCCUGGAGGGCAGGUAGCCCAGUUUUCGUUCUGCGGAGGGCUGUGUGUUCGAGGCCAGCACACAAAGAUUCACUUCCUCCGGGCCAGCCCCCCAGACCACCCUGCCCACCACUCCCUGCCGGUAGCAUUCCAGAGGCCACCACCAGGACCCUAGCGUCGCCGGGUGCCAGGUUCUGCCCACCUCGCAGUGCUUUAGAACCCAAGGUGCAGUGCUGUCCCCAGGGGUCUGCAAUGAAACCGCACUUGAAACAAUGGCGACAACGAAUGCUCUUUGGAAUUUUUGUUUGGGGACUCCUCUUUUUGGCGAUUUUCAUCUACUUCACCAACAGCAACCCUGCUGCGCCUCUACCCAGCUCCUUUUCCUUCCUGGAGAGCCGUGCGCUCCUGCCUGUGCAGGGUAAGCAGCGGGCCAUCAUGGGUGCUUUGCAGGAGCCCUCCUUGCCCAGAACUUUAGAGAGAAACCUGCUCCUGGGCGGCCACCCUGCCAGCUCCUUCCACAGCGGGCCUGGGGAUCCACAGAAAUGGGACCAAGCCCAAGAUGGCUUUGACAACGGAGAAGAGUUUUUUUCAUCCCAGGUCGGAAGGAAAUCGCAAAGUGCUUUCAACCCCGAGGAAGAUGGCUACUUUUUUGUUGCAGGUCAACCAGGGUGGCACCAACACACACAGGGCACACUGGGGCUGUCUCCUGGGGAGACAUCGCUGCGGGCAGCAACCGCCCAGCACAAGCGGGAGAAGCCACGCCACGCAAGGCGAAGCAGAAUGCUUGAGGAGGCCUAUGACAGCGACAUGCUGCCUGCCUCCAUGUCCAGGGCUUUCCUAUACCGGCUCUGGAAGGGCGCCGUGUCCUCUAAGAUGCUGAACCCGCGCCUGCAGAAGGCCAUGCGCUACUACAUGUCCUUCAACAAACACGGUGUACGCUUCCGCAGACAGCGCGAGGUUCGGCGCUCUGGACCAGAGCUGCUGUGUGAGCUGCGAAGACGCGUCCGUGUGCGCACGCUGGACGGCAAGGAAGCACCGUUCUCGGCGCUGGGCUGGCGGCCUCUGGUACCCGGGGUGCCUCUGAGCCAGCUGCACCCACGUGGCCUGCGCACCUGCGCAGUAGUCACAUCUGCCGGUGCCAUCCUGAACUCCUCCUUAGGGGAGGAAAUCGAUUCUCAUGAUGCAGUUUUGAGAUUUAACUCUGCCCCUACACGUGGCUAUGAGAAAGAUGUUGGAAAUAAAACCACAGUACGCAUCAUCAACUCUCAGAUUCUGGCCAACCCCAGUCAUCACUUCAUUGACAGUUCUUUAUAUAAAGAUGUUAUCCUGGUGGCCUGGGACCCAGCUCCUUAUUCUGCUAAUCUUAACCUGUGGUAUAAGAAGCCAGAUUACAACCUUUUCACUCCAUAUAUCCAGCAUCGCCGCAGAUACCCAACUCAACCAUUUUACAUUCUUCACCCCAAAUUCAUAUGGCAGCUUUGGGAUAUUAUCCAGGAGAACACGAAGGAAAAGAUACAGCCCAACCCACCAUCUUCUGGUUUCAUUGGGAUCCUCAUCAUGAUGUCCAUGUGCAGAGAGGUGCAUGUGUAUGAGUACAUCCCUUCUGUCCGGCAAACAGAGCUUUGCCACUACCACGAGCUGUACUACGAUGCAGCCUGCACCCUGGGGGCAUACCACCCACUGCUCUACGAAAAGCUCCUGGUGCAACGCCUGAACACAGGCUCUCAAGAAGAUUUGCAUCAUAAGGGCAAGGUGGUCCUGCCAGGCUUCCAGGCCCUGCGGUGCCCAGUAAUCAACCCCAACAAUACACACUCAUAAAAUCGAACUCUUGGGAACUGAUGUGCAAUAAGGGACUGCUGUCGUCCUCAAAGUCACAAAAGAAUACUUGAAGAUAGAUUUAGACAAUGUGUCGUCUUUAACUGCAACUUAGUGGACGGGAGAAUUCUUUCUAGUGCAAGCCAUUUGGGUAACUACUACUGCCAUGAAUAUAGAAAUGGAACUUUAAAACCACACAAGAAAUAAGCAAAAACAGGAUACACAGAAAGAAACAGAUGUGUAGCCAUGAACAUGAUACCUCUAAACAUGUUAACCUCUACAACAGGGACACUCUGUGGUACAGUUGGUUCCAACCACAGGUUUGAAUGAUACUACUGAUGAUACUGUUUCCAUCUAGAAAUAUCCAAGUUGAGGUCCUACAGCUAGCAUAUUACUUGUACUUGCAUUCUUCAUUAAGAAGCCUGGGUUUUGUGGUGAAUGUCUGAAUUCUCACUCAGAUGUGUUUAACAUUAACAUGAUUUUCAACCACAGCUUUGCAGCUUUGCUUCCCAGCACUCUCUGGAUGUUACAACUGAGAACCAGGGUACGCUACAGCUACAACUCAUCCAAACCAAGUAAUUCAAGAAGCCAAAACCAAACUUCUGCUGGCAGCAAGGAACAGCUCCUUUGUCUCCCUGACGCAUCUUUCACCCAGCAGCAGCUGGCAUACACAGGUGGCAGUACAGGUGGUCCUGCAGGGCUGUGGCUGUCAGGUUUCCCUGCCUUGUUCUUUCACUUCAUGCUUCUGGCCUUCAAGAACACCCUGUAGCUCUCACAUAGCCAGGGACAUGUAGAACACUUACAGUAUCCCUGCAUUUCUGCAUCCUUGUUCCUCCUAAACUACAAAGGAUGGUUUUGAAGUACCCGUUCUGAGCUGCACAGGACACACCCCUUUCUGCCAAUUCUAUAUGAAAUUGCUGUAGGCUUUUCUCAAGGAUUAGAAACAACCCUCAUGUGCUCUGAGUGUUCCCCAGUUCUAUUCAUGAAUAUCUAGGAAUCCACUCACAUUUUACGUUAAGAAUGCAAUGGAGACACAGAUUGGUUUUUGAACAAAGUGAAUACAUGUGUGACUGAUGCACAGACAGGAGAAAGUGUUUUUCCCAGUGGAUAGCUGUAUUCAGAUUUUAAAACUAGGCUUCUAUCACUAAUACAUCCUUUUGUCUGGAGUUUUUGUUUGCUUGUUUUUUUAUGAAAAUAGUGGAAAAGAAUCAUGUUAGAAUUCUGUAAUUAAACAGGCAAGGCUGUUAUUUCAAUACCAAUCCAAAGAAACUCUCAGUGGUAUAGUUAAAACCUUGACAAUAACAUUUUAAUUAAAGGCAAGCUCCACCCCUUGAAAAAUGUGUGAGUAUCAAGGUUUUGUGGGAGAAGAAAUGUUUCAUGUUGAGUUUGUUCCAGAACAUUCUAAGGAUUACUUCCUAAGGAAGACUGGUUUUCUGAGACUACUAGCUUCUGUUUGGUUAUUAUCCCCUGCAGAGUUGAAGCAGGACUGCAGAUGUCCCCAGUGGCUUGCUACAGCAGUGAAGAGAGAGGGGUCAGGCUUUCAGUUUUUAAACAUUUAAACAGUUUUUUUUUUUAAUUUAAAAGUAUAAAUAAAUGACAGCAUCCGCUGACAGCCCAUUCUCAGCUCCACAACUAUCAUCUUCUGUUCAGCCUGGUCCAACCAUGUAAUCUCAGGAAAGUUUGGCCUUGUCACCAUAUUGGCAUGUCUAAUCAUCUCUGUAACUAGAGGAUGCAGACUGAUGGGUUACGCAUAUUUUCAACCUGUAGUCCUUGAAGCUUUCUAGAUCUUCCAGGGUUGCCAUUUUAAAUGCUCACAACCAUUAAGUUUCCUUUUAUGGGCUUGAAGGGAAUUCACUUAUAGGCAUACUUAUUAUCCUAGACAGUCCUCUUUGGGGGCAUGAGAAUUUAGUUAGAGAAUAACUUAUUAAGGUCAGUGUAAAUAUUCAAGUUCAAAAGCCCCACAAAACACUUCAAAGGUUGUUAAACAGCACUGUUGCCACACAUGGACUUUUAAAGGGCUGCUCUCAGAUUUACGGGGUUACAAGGAGACUGCAGAGCAUAAAGGAAAUUUAAUUAACUUCAAAUUCAUUAUGAUUCUUGAGAGUCUGUUAAACAUUCAGAAAAUGUGGUGAUCAUAUUAAUAUACUGUUGGCUAGUCACUCUUGUAUUUAAAGUUUAAAUAGCUUAGCCUCUUGCAAAUGUCACAAACCAAUGGCUAAUGCAAUGGUCACCUCUUGUGCUAGUUAAAUGAAUCCCAAGUGGCCGGAUUUUGCCAGACAUUUGCAAGUACUUCCACACCACAUUUGGUAACCGUAAAUGAACCUAUGGAAUAGCAACACUAACCACCCUCCCACCUCAUUUAUCACUGGCUCUGGCUCUUGCAGAACUAUGUGACUUCUUCUGUGAAGGGACUCUGGUUAGAACCUCAUGGUGCCGCCAGAUGCCACCAGGUGCUGCUCGUCCCACCCUCAGGACUGACAGAUGUCACAUUUCUUCGUGUUGCAAGAAAAUACCACUGUUUCCUCCUCCUCCUCCUCCUCCUCCUCCUCCUCCUCCUCCUCCUCCUCCUCCUCCUCCUCCUCCUCCUCCUCCUCCUUCUCCUCUUGUUCCUAUAACAAAGACUGUAGAGUGGCCCAAGAAUGACAAUUUAGCCACUUACAGAUUCUCUCUAACUGUGUCUUCAACUGCUCACAAGACGCAGGAGAUAAUGUAUAAUGAAGAUGCCCCCACCACAGAUGCACAGAGUAACAGGGCUUGGCCCCUGUGGCUCAGCCCACCACAUCCUCACAGAGCUAUUUCUUUGUCAGACUCUGGAAGGAUAAGUGGGGAUUAAAUAAAAGUUGCAUGCAAGCGUAUAAGGUAUGCUUUAGUGGGCAAGUUAGGGCCUAGAGUACAUCUGAGUUCCCUUGUCUCUGUUGUCUACCUGGUCUCUGAGUUCAAGGUGCUUUGCUUCAGAAGUGGCACUUCACUUGUAUCUUAACCUCUUGGACUCUCAGCCAGUCAACCUGGACUUUCUGAAUAAAAGUAGUGCUGCAGUGGUUUCAGAAAUGUUUGCAGAAGUGAAUGUCAAAGGGCCUGGUUUACUCUGCCAUGCUUAUCUAGUGCAUCUGCUGGAAAAGAGCGCAGCCUGUUGCCAGCUGACCAUACUCAUGUCUUUUGGAUUAAUUGGGCACUGUUUGAUUGCAUCAAAUGAAAUCAGUCUUCCAUGAAUUAUGGUAGGAUAAAAGGCUUUGGUGUGCAUUCGUGACUUGAUUAAGUUUUACAAGAUUUUCUUAGAACACCUGUACGGUAGUCUCCAUACCUGUUCCAUCAUGCUGUUCAUUUCAGUUCGACUUUCCAAUAGUCGAAUGCUACCCAUGGCUACAUGACUGUUCAAGGCAGCUUAUUAAACAUGAAUAGGAAGGUAAAACAUGCCUGUAUUUCAGCUCACUCGUUAUAUCUGGACAAUUCCAUUGUGAGAUUUUUUUUUUCUGCACUUCUGUCAUUUGAGCUUUGUUUAGAUUCUUGGUGAAUGAGCACCAUUUCUCUAGCAGCUGAAGAAAAUGAAAUACAAGUUCUAGUUCUUGCUUUGUUAAAUGAAUGAAGCAUUCAACAAGAAAAGAAACUCAGCAUAUUCUCUACAGGAUUAGGGUAGUGACUUUAACAAAUUAAAGCUGCUGAUAGAGUUCCUAUCCUUAGCAUAAAAGUAUACAUGUAGAUGGUUAUAUAAUUGUAUAUAUAUGUAUAUAUACUUAUCUACAUACAUGGUUGGUUUUGUAUUAUCUUUUUCUUUCAUCUUUAUGAUAAAAGAUUUACAAUAAAUUUUAUUUUAGUUAUUAAAACACUAAUAAUAUUUUAAGAGAAGGAAACAAAUAUUUUAUUUGUCCUUCUGCUAAAAAUGAAACCAGUGUUCUGCUCUCAGCAUGCAUGCUCAUACUCUACAUAUCUUGGCCACAUUAAAAAAACAAUGACCCAAACAUUGAAAGCCACCAUUGUCAGAACCAUUACCCUAGUGUAGUACUCAGUCAGAAGCCUGGUAGAGCUCUGAGUUUUGAAGAGUUUGUUGAUUGCCCAUGGCUUUUACAAGAUUAAGGGAAGAAACAUUUGUUGAUUCUCUGGAAAAUAGACUUCAAUAAAAUAAGUGCAACAGUAGCAUUAAAACCUAAGUUUACAGUGCACACCAUGUUUUGCUCUAGAUAAAUACUUGUGGAAUCUUUGUACUGGAGACCAGUGAACUUUUUUAAAGGCUUUGGGAAUUUUUUGGUAUAAUUUUUAAAACAAAAUGUGUUCUCUCUAAACUAAUUAAUGGCUUGAGGUUUUCCAAGAAGCGCAUUUUAAAAGUAUUUAUACACAUUUUAACAUGUGGGUAUUUUCUAUCUUGGUUUUGUAUAUUUUUAUGUGUACACAGUGUACAGAAUUGUAAAUAAAAUGUGUUUUCAUUUGU